AGUUGCCGCAGCUAGUAGCAAAAAAGAUAUACUGGUUCCUCCACUCGGAUUUGACAAAAAUCUCCCCAAUCCCCUCAACAUGUCUGAGUAUGUCUAAGAACUAAACAUAUCCGCCCUGCCGAAUUGCUCAAUUAAACCGCCAAGAAGAUAACCGUGUCAUAUAUUGCGGACGGGAGGGUGUAAUCAUCUCCCUGCGCUACGAUGGUUGGGUACUCGUGAUCUCACCGCCGCAACGCUAUUGGUCAAUCUACCAAGAUCCUUCACAUGUCGACUUGCUUAUGGACUUGCUUAUGGUUGCUUCGACAACGACCUAGCCCUACUGAUCAGCGAGGGGUAGCUCAGAGCCUUGCUCGCGUUACAACCCUCUUGCUGAAUUACGAUGGCUAUGAAAAGGUGGAAUUUCCCAGGCGAGGGCUGAGGCAUGUUCUAUGGACCUCUUGACCUGAUCAUGGGUAGCCCUCGCUCGGCCUCUUAUAUAUUUCCUGUCGUGAAUUCGAUCUAGUUAAUACGGCUAAGAGGGUAUCACGGUUAGAAAUGGAGACCAUAUUGAAGCGUGAGGCUUCGUUUCCGAAUUGGACUCAAACUCCUAUUCCGGGAUUCACGCUCUCGGCAUCAGGCCUCCUCGCACUUGCGGAUCUCGGAACCAUCGCCAAGCGCACGCAGAUCGUAGGAGGCUCGUCGUGGCUCGAUGCCUUGCUUCUUGCUCCCGGCCUGCACUAUCAGCAGGCCGCCGACGCGCUCGCCGGUAGGACCGAGUCGUACAGCGCGGUUGAGUUAUAUGAGGGCCAGACGUCGACGCAUAAUAUCACCAAUACCGCCACCCAACGCUACCUAGAACGUGUAGGUAUGGUCGGACAAAGGGUCACCGUGGACGUGGGUAUGAUGCCCGAACGUAAUUACUACUUCCCAGGCGGUCGGCGGCAGGCUCGUGGCCAGCGAGCUACCAUAUGGCAGGAUCAAGGCGCCGACCUAGGUUGGGUCUCGCACGUAUUAUACCUUAUGAGCCCCGCGCUUACCAUAACCGCAUUCGUGUUCAUGAUCCUGCUCCGGGAAUGGUGGGGCGUAGCAUCUCUCCUCGCUCUCAUGCUAUCCCGCGUCCUUAACAUUUGGGUUAUCAAACAGCGGUCGAAACCUCCCGUGGCUCCACCACCAAAACCCGACGUGAGCAGCUUGUUGACGGAGUACCUAGUAGAUCUAGGCCAAGGCCGAUCUGUGUGUCUGCGUGGCGUGGCCGAGGACUUGCAGGCCAUCACCACGACAUCGUGGCUGCGUGCCAAGACACAUCUGGACGGUUACCUCGAGGCGGCUGCCAAGCUGAUCGUGUACAUGGUGGCCGCUUUCAGCGGUAACAUGACGCAGGUCGGUUCCAUUAUCUUCAUGCUACUACUGCUCAUCACGGCUGGGUUGUUGGGACUGAGUAACGCACACGCGAAAACGUUCCGCAUGCACGGGCGUCUGGCUACGCCUACCGUUGAUAACCUACCUCAAGGCCCUGGUAAGUCUGUCGCUACGCCGUAUCCGCCUAGCGACUCGGAUAGCAAGGGCGGUAGCUUCUUCUGGCCGCCUACAACGAUGACGUCGUCAAGCGGGUUCACGGGGAUGGAUGAUUUCGCGGAGAAGGGACAGGUUGGCGGUGUAUUGAGGGAUAGGUAUUCUUUUGACGAUACGACGGAUUACAGGUGAUGCAUAAUUGUUUACCUACCUAGGUACCCAUAUAGGUUAGGCUAUUUGCUGGUAUUUUGCUAUGUCGGGAAGCACGUUGUAUUUUGAAUAUGAGCAUUGCAUAAUAGGAGAUACCUAGGCUUGCAUAUUGCAAUCUAGCUUCCUUUACAAGUUUUACCAUGUGGGAGUCUGGCAGUGGUACUGGCAAGGUGUGCUCGUGAUUACAUAGUAGUAUUGUAUAUCUCAACUACCUAUAUCGAACCGUUAUUUUAAUUGCUUCGUGCUACUUUACUAUGUACAGGCAGAGUAGGGGUAUCCUAGGUAGGUAGUUAUCGUCAUAUAACCAGGGGGGUCAUUUAUAUGAUUUGUAGGUAUGCACGGAUGGGAAAUUCAUCGUGACACGUUUCACCAGCACCUCUGCAGUCUCAAAUUGCACUGCCCAAACGAAUGCUCCGUUACGUGUGAUACAUAUAGGUAACAUAGAGCGCCC